UAUUAUAACAGAAGAAAGUGUAUUGCACCUUAAUAAUUAUUAUAAAUUGAAAUAAGAUUGUGCCUUUGCGUUGAAAUAAACAGCAAAAAUGUCAGCGAUUCUUCCGUAUCGAGCAGAAUAUUCACCGCAUGAUCAAUUCUAUUGUAGAUAUUGUCGAAAAUAUAUUCAAAGUGGUCACGCAAAAAUCGGUUUUAUGCAACAGAGCACGAAAGACGAUUGUCGGGAAGUACAAUGGUUCCACAUAGAGUGUUUUUUCAAAUUACGUCGACCUGCUUCCGAAGAUCAAAUCGAUGGAUUUGCCAACUUAAGAUAUUCGGAUCAAAUGACAAUUCGCACAUAUUUUUCGCCAGGUGUGGAUAUUAAUUUGCCAAGCACAUCGGCUGCUGAUGAGCCUCCAACGAAGUUAAAAUUUAUACCAACAUUGGAACAACAAAUUGAAGACCAAAACAAUUCAAUGUUUGUGACUUACGACAAACUUAAGAACCUUAAGGAUGCGGAUUUGGUUGCCAUCUUGACUGAGAUGAAUCAAUUUGUUCCCGAAACAAGUAUAAAUAAAUUGAAUCAUGUGUGUGAUAUAAUUUCCUUUGGUGCAUUGGCACCAUGCCCGACAUGCAAAGAUGGUAAACUUGUGUUUGCAAACUCGACCUAUCGUUGCACUGGAUAUGUUACAGUCUGGACCAAGUGCCAAUACUCAAUUAAAGAACCGACGCGCAUGCCAGUCCGAAUACCAGACGCAUACAAAGAACUAUUGGGAACCAAUUUUGAAAUUUUGGGUCCACGCAUUCUCCGCAAUGUGAGUGAAUUCAACGAAGAUGAAUUCGAACAAUACACAAAACAGCCACUAUUUAACCUUGAAUUUGUUAUUAUUGGCGAUACAAAAUAUCCAAGAAAUGUUAUCGAAAAGAAGAUUCGUGCCAUGGGCGGUAAAGUCACUUCCGGUCCGAUACAUUCCCGUCUUGCGGCAGUUAUCAGCAAUGCUGACGCUGUGAACAAAGGUGAUAAGGAGAUGAAUAAUGCUUUUAUACAUAGCAUCCAAGUGAUUUCAGACGAAUUACUUGACCAAGUAAUGGACAAUGAUCCAAUUGAUCUGAUCGUCAAAAAUGACUUAAGCAAAUGGGGUAGAAAUCCAUAUGAUCGUAUACCUGAACGAAAACGCCUCUUCAAUGACGAAUAUAACCCAACGAGUUAUGACAACGAAAGAUUAUGGAAAAAUUCCAUAGUUUAUCGCGAAGGUAGUCUACGGUACGAAGUCAUGUUGGACUUUGUCGAAAUCAAUAUGAACAGAAACUCAUUUAUUAAAUUGCAAUUGGUCAAUGAAGGUAACUCAAAAUACUGGGUAUGCGAGAAAAAGGGCCGAAUCAAUGCCAAUUUAACUGGAUAUUGUAGUCAAAAGAGCUAUAUGACAUUGGUCGAUGCAAAACACGCAUUUCAUCAAAUCUAUCUAGAUAAGACUGGUAAUACAUUCGGUGCAAAGACUUUUGAGAAGAUACCCGGAAAGUAUAAUCUUGUGAAUGUGGAUUAUAAUGUUUUGUAUCGACAUGUGCAAAAUAACAACGUGCCGACUAAACUGAGUGAACCCCUAUACAAAUUGAUGGAAUUAUUGUUCGUUGGGCGUGUAAUGAAUUCAUCAUUGCUUGCAUUUUGUUUUGUGGAUUUUGAACGAAUGCCAUUGGGAAAAAUUAGCAAACCGCAAAUUCAAAUUGCUUUGAAUCUCUUAGGAGAGAUCUCAUCGAUGCUGAGUACAGGUGACUCGCAUGAAAUCGAAGCAGCCUCCAAUCAAUUUUAUUCAUAUUUUCCACAUGAUUCUGGCCUGAAGCCACCUCCAGUUAUAAACACCCCUGAAAUAAUUCAGCAAAAAAUUAACUUGCUCCAAGAUCUAUUACAAAAAGAUCUCAAGUAUGACAAUAUUACCAGAGCAUCGUAUAAAGAGCGAAACCUACUCGAUAUAUGCUAUGAACAUUUACAAGAUUCGGCUGAAAUAACAAUGCUUAACAAGUCAUCGGGAAUGUAUAAGCAAAUAUGUAACUAUAUUAUAAACACCCAAUUGAAUGAUACUGUGAAUCCGGUACCAAGAUUUUCGCGAAAUGCAGGGGCGUUUGAAGUUGACGAGGUGUUUGAAGUGGCGCGUCAUGAAGAGUUCUACCGAUAUCAGCCGCAUGAACAGAAUUUUAAUCGUCAGUUGCUAUUUCAUGGUUCACCCAUUCAGAAUUUCAUUGGAAUUUUAACAAAUGGCCUAAAAAUCGCGCCGCCUGAAGCACAUUUUCAUGGCGCGAUCUUUGGUAGAGGCAUUUAUUUUUCGGAUUCAGCAACAAAAUCAGCUGGCUAUUGUUGUCCAACAAAUCGAACUGGCUUGCUUCUAUUGUGCGAGGUCGCUGCCGGGUUAACCGAUGUUCGAUAUGUUAGUAACACUACGAAAAAAAUUGAUCACUGCGAAUCGGUUCAAGCAAUUGGACAAUACCAACCAGAUCCACUGCACAUACGACCUGAUGGUUUGAAAAUCCCAAAUGGUAAACUCAUUAGACGUACCGAAACUACCGGUAUAGCCUUCAACGAAUUCGUGAUAACUGACGAGUCACGAGUAAAAGUAAGAUACAUGGUCAAAUUAAAAUUUCAUCCGGCAAGAGCACCCGAAUUAGUUGGUAGUAUACCAACCAUGCCGAACCCGCCUAGUUCGAUGAGCACCUUCCAGUUCGGGAAUGCUCCACGUUAAACUAACUACAAAAUUCAACUUAAAUGAAAAAUAAUAACCCAAAUUCAACUUGAUGCAUCCACACACCUGAUAAAACAGUUAAUUGAAACCAUUUGAAAACAAAUCCAUAUCGGUUUAUUUUUGCAUGCGUUUAUUCAUUGUAUGUGUAAAUUGCAAUACAUUAUUAUUUCGAUAAAUGGCUAUGGUCAAAUAGUUCAGUUGAUUUUAUGUCAAGAUUUUAUAGAGGAACUCUGUGGAAAACUGAAAAAAGAUCACAAAUUUUUAAACACUACCUCUUGGUUUAUAUAUGUUAUUAUUGUUUUGAAAUAUCAAUUUGUGUUAUUUUGACAAUCUGUUAUAAUUAUAUUAGAGGCUGAACGGACACACGUCCCAAUCAUGUCUUUUCGGUCGUAUUAGCAAUUCGGUCAAUUCCAGAUUAUAAUUCCUGCUCUUUUAUAUUCUUAUUCCAUAAUUUUUGAAGCUAGCAAAAGAUAUACUUAACACAGUAAACAACACGCUACAUCAGCUAUGACAUUCAAAAUUGUAUUUGUUUUUCUAUCAAUUAAUUUAAAUUAAUAUACUGUAAAAAUGGGUUUGCUAUGACAAUUACAUUUAGAAAUCGAAUAUACUUAAAAUGUAUGAAAAAACUAGAUUCUUAUUUAUUUUCUACCUAAAUUUAGGUUCAAAUUUCACUCAUUAUUAGAAAUAGUUAAAGCAGGUGCCAAGCGAUUUUUUUAUGAAUUUUUUAUGUAAUUUUUUUAAAUUUGCAAAUAAA